AGAAUCGAGAGAAUUUUCUCCUCCUCCUCCUCCUACUCGGCUCGGCUCCUCCAGUCGUCUCCUUCCACUCCCUCCCGUCCUCUGCACCCCACCGUUCCACCAGCGAGCGAGUCUCCUCGUCGACGUCUCCGGCCGCUCGACUCGAGGUCGAGGCACCGUCGCCGCUUGUUUGGUUCGAUCCCCCCACCGCUUCUGCUAUGCCGCCGGCGCCAGCCGCCGUCGUGCCGGAGCCGCAGAAGCUUUCGCCGUCGCCGACGUCGCAGCAGUGCCGCCGCCGGCCGCGCUCGCCGCUCGCCAACGGCUCAGCCGCCGGCGACUUCGAGCUGCGGCACUGGCGCACGCCCAAGAAGCGCGGCGCGGCGGCGGCGGCGGCGUCGCUGGCGCAGCCGCGGUGGGCGCCGCCGCCCGUGAUCGAGAUACCCAACGGCGCCGGCAGCGACGGCGACGACAGCAACAGCAGCAGCGGCGGAGGGCACGGGUACACCAGCCUCCGGGACAUCCUGUCGUCGCCGGAGUACGCCGCGGCGGGGGGCUCGCCCGGGCCCUGCGGCGGCAUCGGCGGCGGCGGGUGCGGCAGCUGCGGGGACAUACACAUGAUCCGGCACCCGCUGGUGAAGCACGCGGCGUACACGUACCUGCAGAUGACGCCGUCGGCAAGGGAGGACCCCGGCCGCCGCGGCCGGCGCUGGCGCAGCCCGCUCUGCCGCCUGCUGCUCGGCUGCCUCAGCUUCAUCGGAGCGCUCUUCCGGCCUUGAUGAGACUCGUGCGCUUCCUGGUUGCAGAUUCUCUCUUCCUUGUCAUCACCCCUUGCUCUUCCGGUUCUUGUGUGAUUAGGAUUUUCUUUUUCUUAUUAGGAUUCUCUUUUUACUUUGCGAGAAUUUUAUGGGCUUUGCUUGAGGUGAAAUUUGUGUAAAUAAUUUGCUAGGAUUAGGCAGAAAUGAAAGCUGAGAUCAUACUAGAAGGAAGAGAAAUGAUUAAUUGCACACUAACAGCAUAUUAUGAGUAGUAGUUGUUAGCUUUGAUUCUGUGACGAUUUUUCAGUCGUCACGAACUAAUGAUUGGUGCAAUGAAUAUGAUGAUAGCAAUGAUUAUAUUA